ACACGUUUCGUUCUCCACCACUGCACUGCAUUGUUAUAGCAAUAGCAUUAUAUAGCAGCAUUUGUGCUAUAAAUUAAUUUCCACGUUUAUACCAACAAACACUAUAGAAUUGUGUGCGGAAAAAUGAAUUUAUUUGUUAUUAAUAGGUAUAAAGGAACAGAAGAAGAAGUUGAUAUAAUCGAUCAUGAAACCAAACAUCUCCAGGAACUAAAACAGAGAAUUGAACAGAGGAAGAAAGCUAACGCUUCACAAAAAAAGUCAUCAGAUGUUAUAACACUGCGAGAGCAGCCUGUGACUUCUUCUGAAGCAGAAAUAAAGAAUGAUGGAAUUGUACAUGAAACUAAUGAAAACGAAAAACUGACUGCAGAUGCAGAAAAGUCACAUGUCAAACCAAAAAAAGGAAAACCUGAUUUUGAGUUCAAAGUCUUAGGAAAUGGUGACUUUGAAAAGAAAACAAAGGUUCACAGAAUCCUACCUUAUUGGUUAUCACAUGCAGAUGGAGUAUCAACCAGCUUACAGAACUUGUCAUGUCCUGUUGAGAAUCUACCUUGGCUACACACUAUUCUAAAGAACACUCUUCUGAGUGAAGGUGUUACACAGCUAUUCCCUGUGCAAGAAAAAGUAAUACCAUUUAUUCUUGACGAACAUAAAUUACCAGGACCAAUGUGGCCACAUGAUGUUUGUGUUUCUGCACCAACUGGUAGUGGCAAGACAUUGUCUUUUGUAUUGCCAAUCAUUCAGAUACUUAUGAAUGAAGUUGGGAGACACAUCAGAGCACUAGUAGUUCUGCCUGUACAAGAAUUAGCAGCACAAGUUUCAAAAGUUUUCAGAAAGUAUUGUGCAAAGACCGGACUCAAUGUAGCCUUACUGAGUGGCUCUACACCACUUCAACAAGAGCAGCAACAAAUAGUGAAAUAUACAGAGUCAGCUGGGUGGAUAAGUGAGGUGGACAUUAUAGUCUGCACAGCUGGACGCCUUGUAGAACAUAUACAGAACACAGAAGGCUUUUCAUUAAAAUAUUUGAAAUUUCUUGUAAUUGAUGAAGCUGACAGAAUAAUGGACCAUAUUCAAAAUGAUUGGCUCUAUCACAUGGAUAAAUGUGUUAAACUAGAAAAUGAGUUAAUGACAGGUAAAGUGCCUAAUUUAAGCUGGAAUUGUCUCAGCACACAGAAAGCACCACCACAUAAGCUGCUGUUUUCUGCAACCUUGUCCCAAGACCCGGAGAAGUUAGAACAGUGGGGCCUUUUCCAGCCAAAACUGUUUUCUGCAGCUCCAAUAAAUGAAUUUGAAGAUGAAGAUUCCAUAAGAAAGUAUACAACUCCUGCUGAGUUGAAGGAACAGUUUGUAACCUGCUCUGCUGAGGAGAAGCCACUCAUUUUAUACCAUUUUUUGGUUGAGCAAAACUGGGACAAAGUACUUUGCUUCACUAAUGCAGCUCAAUCUGCCCAUAGGCUGGCAGUCCUCCUUAAUGUUUGGGGACAAGAGAAACUGAAGGUAGCAGAAUUAUCUGCAGCAUUAGACAGAACAACAAGGGAGUCAGUUUUAAAGAAAUUCACUCAGUCUGAAAUUAAUGUGUUAAUAGGUACAGACGCUUUAGCUAGAGGAAUUGAUAUACCAGAUUGCAAUUAUGUGAUAUCAUAUGAUCCCCCAAAAAAUAUAAAGACAUACAUACACAGAGUAGGCAGAACUGGGCGAGCUGGACGUACAGGCCAUGCUGUUACUAUUUUGGUACAGAACCAAGUUAGUUUAUUUAAGGAGUUAAUUCAAUCAGGAGGAAAAUCUGAAUUGCCACAACUGGAAGUCAAUACUGAAAUAUUUAAACGCCUGUCACAUGAGUAUGAGGCAGCCAUAAAAGAAACAAAGAAUCAGAUUUAUACUGAGAUAAAUUCUAAAGUACAAAAAUCUAUAGAGUUAAAGAGACGUGGUAGAUCCAAGCCACAGAAGAGGAAACUUACAUCUAAUUAAGUACCUAUAUGAAAUAAACGUCUAAUGUAAAAUUA